UCAGCUGUGCGGCGGACACAAGAGGAAGAGCGCUAAACAUAAUUGCAAUGAGCGCGAAGGAAUUGCAAAUUAAUUUGGAGUUCAGUGCAGGGGCCGAGCUGUUGUUUGGCAACAUUAAACGCCGCAAACUAUCAUUGGACGGCACGGUAAAAUUUGCUAGUUUGCUGAAAUGGAUGCAUGCUAAUAUACUUACGGAGCGGCCAGAGUUAUUUUUGCAAGGAGACACUGUGCGACCCGGCAUUUUGGUUCUGAUUAAUGACACGGAUUGGGAACUAUUGGGCGAGUUGGAGUAUGAAUUGCAGCCAAACGACAACGUGCUUUUCAUAUCGACGCUGCACGGCGGCUGAAACAUUCAACAGGUUAUUGCCUCUCACGUCGACUUCACUAGUCACUUGAAAAAAAUACACGCUCUUUAGAAUUAAGCUAAGAAUAAGAAAACUAAUGAUGAUGAUUUUUUGUAUAAAAAAAGAAGAAAAUCAUUUUUCAAUCAGAA